AUGCAAGUGGAAGAAGCUCAUCUCUAUCUUUCACCAAGUGCAGUGGGCUCCGGUAAUCAUUCAGUUGUGCAUAGUGUGGAUUGGGAGCUUCCCCGUGACCUUUUCAUCGAGCCUCGUCUGUGCAGAACUUGUGUGGAGUCGGACGCCCCUGACAGAGAAGAAGGUGAGGGUGAACAGAUUGAAGAAGAAGACAGCGAGGAAGAAAUAUUCACCGUUGAACCUCCGAGGGUCGUCCGCGUCGCAUCUUACUCUGGACCAGCUCUUCGCAUCCACACUAAUGAGAAGUGGCAAACCGCCUGGGAUCGAUGUGGACACGGCGGCAGCGGUUCGGGGACAGUUCCGCGCACUGCGACAGUCUCUGUUAUUGCGAAACUCUCAAUCGAACACGACCUCCACCUCGCUCGGGAGGCGAGCAACUAUCAAUCGUUCCCUGACCACUUCUUCGAACACUGGAACGGAUAUAAUGUCAUGCCCCCUCUGCACGAUCCUGUCCCCGUCGGGGCACUCUGCCCGCAGUUCUACGGGUAUUACACACCCGAUGAUCCAACUGAUGGCACGAACCAUCCUAACUAUUUGAGUCCGAUCUUACUCCUGGAGUGCUGUGGCGAGGAGAUAAACCCAGAUGAGUUGUGCAUAGACGACAAGCAAGAAUGCGCAUCGCUUCUCUUCCGCUUCCAUCAUGCAGGGUGGUUGCACGAGUCUUUCGCAGCGCGGAACAUUCUGUGGCAGCAGGGCAAGCCAACGGAGUGGCCAAUCCAGCGGGCGUACUCGACCAAGAGCUUCCGCCUGAUCGACUUUGGUAGAUCGAGAAAGAUGGAUAGUUCAUUGACGAGGGCGAGCGAGGAAGACACAGCUUUGCGCCUGCUCCACCUGUUGCAUCAUGCAGAUCGAUAG